AUGGUCCUGAACAGACGAUUGGCAUCUUACAACGCAACUUCGACUAUAUGUUUACAAAGGAGACGUUCCAAGGUGGCGGGGUCGGUCACCUGCUUCCAAACGUCGUUGAUCGGGAUCAGAAGAUUUGAGUUGUUCGGUUUUGAUAUUACACCGAUUCCAGUUGAACAUGGAAACGUUGACACCUACGGCUACCGGAUCGACGACUUCGGGUAUCUGCCAGAUGUGAAACGAUUACCGAAAGAGUCCCAAGAUCUACUGCACGGGAUUGAGGUGUUGGUGAUUGAUGCGUUGAGUUUUAAUCCGAGACAUCCAACACAUCUUUCGGUUGGCGAGGCGUUGGAAAUUAGUGCUGUCCUGAAACCGAGGGAGACCUAUUUCACGCAUAUUAUGCACCGACUGGAUCAUCGGCAUUUCCCGGAACAGUGUGAAGAGAUGGACAUUGAACUUCCGGACAACGCCUACCUUGCUUACGAUACGCAGGUCAUUCAGUUGUAG